AUGGCGGAUUGGUCUCAAGAUCAGUUUAUGUCGAAUUGGGACACCACUUACGUGUCGACGAAUGUACAACCUGGGGCUGCUCCAUAUACCAAGAACUUUUUCUUAGAUAUCCACCAAGAAUUGGCGGCGGCUGGAGGUGAACUGGAAAAGAUCUCUGCAUGCAUCAUUGCCGCAGCUAGCAUUGCGGUCGGCCGUGCAGAUAUCGUGGGGAAAUUUUUUGAUGAUGUUACGACCGAAUACACGCCAGAAAAAUCUGAGGCUCUUUUUCUUCGCAUUCGAGAAGCGAUCUCAAUCAUUUUCCCCUAUGUCGGAAUACCUCAAUGUAUUCCCGCCUGCUAUGGGAUGAUUGGGGUUGUGCAAAGGAAGGGACAGGAAUAUGCCUCUCAGAAGAAAUUGCGUUCUCCCAGGGUAACUGAAGAGGAUGUUCAACGCGGACAAGAACUCCGACAACGCAUAUACUCCGGGGUUGGUAAUUCGGAAAUCUUUAAAUUGAUGGAUGUAUAUUUCACGGAACUAUUUUCUUGCUCGACCAUGGUCACAUGGGGCUAUCUCAUUUCUAAUGCAAAUCAAGAAGUGUUUGAGGUGACCGAAUCACACUUGAUCGUGGCAUCCGCAAUUAUCGCACUGGGUGCCGCUCGACAGUCAAAAAGCCAUGUUAAAGCAACCCUAGGGAUCGGCAAUUCGGUUAAUGAUGUUAAGCGGGUUGUGGCCGUUGUGAACAAGAUUGGGCAGUGGGCUGGUAAAGAUUUGAUUCUACCAGAUGUAGACAAUUGUGCUCAACAGUUCCAACGGCAUUGA